GUCCGAAUUCAGUUCUGUUAAUUCGCGACACGCCAUGUUUCGUUUCGUCGUUUUGGUAUUGGCCCUCGCAGCCUCCGCGUACGGCGCCAGUCUGGCCGAUCGUAUCAUCGCCGGACUUCCAGCUGCGGAAGGAGAAUAUCCUUACACAGUUUCGCUUAGAAGUUACAACAGUCACUUCUGCGGAGGUUCGAUCAUCAGCAAUCGGUGGAUACUGACCGCCGCCCACUGCAUAAGCGGGAUCCAGCCAUCUCAGAUCACCGUGGUUGCCGGCACGAACAGACUUGACUCAGGCGGCGAUUUCUACCAGGCCCUGAGAACCGUGAUCAAUCCAAACUGGAACUCUCUCCUUACGCGCAACGAUAUCGCCUUAAUCGAAGUCAACCGAGAAAUAGUUUUCGGAGAUAAAGUUGGGCCGAUUGCUCUGCCCACCGAAGACUUCAACAAGGUCGGCUAUUGGGCCGAAUUAUCCGGAUGGGGAAGCGUCAGGCUGAUUCCGCCAGUAGCGAAGAACGAGCUCCAAUAUGUUUUUCUGCCAGUCAUCGACCAGGACCAAUGUUUGAGUAGAAGCUUCAAGACCACGGAUGCCAACAUCUGCACGUCCACCCGGACUGGACAAGGCGCUUGCUACGGCGACUCUGGCAGUCCUCUCGUCGCCGAAGGCGUUCAAAUCGGUCUCGUUUCCUGGGGAACUCUUUGCGCCUUUGGUCAACCCGACGUCCAUACUCGCGUCUGGAGUUUCGUGGACUGGAUCAAGGAAACCAUAAACGAAUAAAACUUGGACGAAUCCGAAUACCGAGUGGUGUAAAAGCAACAACAGUUCCUGGUUAAUGAUCGAGUUGCAAUAAAAUAAUCUUGAAAAUAA